AUGAAUGCCACAACUUCACCUACCUCCUCGGAGAUAACAUCCGUGGACAACCUCGACGAAACAAUUGGGAACAUAGCUCGGCAAGUCACGCAAACGUCAAACCGUGAUCCCGGACACAGCACAAACACAAAUAACGCUAUCAAUCCAGAAAAGGGAAGUAACCUCGAUCCUUUCUCUCCUGCAUUCGACGUAAAGGCCUGGACCAGGGCGUUCAUCGACGUCUUCGAUGCCGACCCCAAUGCCGCGCCUCACCGGGCAGUCGGUGUUGCCUACAGAGACCUGAGUGUCUGCGGUUCCAGCACGGGGAGUCAAUACCAGAAGACUGCUGGGAACAUCUUGCUAAGCACGGUCACAUCCCUCUUUGGACAAUUGACCGGCAGAGCCAAGAAUCAGGUUAAGAUUCUCGAUGGGUUCGAGGGAAAGGUUGAGCCGGGCGAAAUGCUCCUCGUGCUUGGGCCGCCUGGUUCAGGAUGCUCGACUCUGCUCAAGACGCUUGCAGGACGAAAAGAGGGUCUGGAAGUCUCCAAGGAGUCUCACAUCAGCUAUCGAGGAAUCGACCCGGCGGACAUGCACACUCGCUUCAGAGGCGAUAUCAUGUACAACGCCGAGCUCGACGUCCACCUCCCCGCACUAACGGUUGGCGACACCCUCGAAUUCGCCGCACGAGCACGAGUACCCUCCGUCGUCCCCGGUGGUUUCUCUCCAAAGCAGUUUGCGCGCAUUCUACGAGACGUAACCAUGGCCAUGUUCCGCAUUACCCACACCAUCAACAGCAAGGUUGGCAACGAUUAUAUACGCGGUGUGUCAGGGGGUGAACGAAAGCGUGUUAGUAUUGCCGAGGCCGCUCUGGUACGAGCCAAGUUGCAAUGCUGGGAUAAUAGCACCCGCGGUCUUGAUAGUGACAAUGCGAUAUCUUUCUGCGAGACGCUUCGAGUACAAGCCGAUAUCAUGGACAUUGCGGCGGUGGUUGCGAUUUAUCAGGCUCCCCAGUCGGCUUACGAUGUCUUUGACAAUGUCACCGUCCUAUACGAAGGGCAGCAGAUCUUCUUCGGACCCACGAAGGAUGCGAGAAGAUACUUUGAAAGCUUAGGAUUUGAAUCCCCUGAGCGACAAACAACAGCAGAUUUCCUGACCUCCAUGACAUCUCCCCACGAACGCCGAAUUCGACCCGGUUGGGAAUCUCAGGUCCCAAGAACAGCAGCCGAAUUUGCUACUCGCUGGCAGGAGUCUAACGAACGCAAGGCCCUGCUGGCUCAGCUUGCCGCCUAUGACCAAGACCAUCCACGAGAAGAGCGGCUACAGCAUUUCUCCGCCAGCCACAAAGCCGAACGCAGCAAGGCUCAACGCCUCAAGUCUCCUUACACCGUUACAUAUCUUCGUCAAGUCCAGCUAUGCCUGUGGCGAAGCUGGAAGCGCUUGGUAGCGGACCCUGGCUUCACCAUUGCCCAGCUACUCUUCAACCUCGUUAUGGGCUUUGUGCUGGGCAGUAUGUUUGAUAAACUUCGUGACGACACGAGUAGUCUCUAUUACCGUGGUGGUUUGAUAUUCUUCGCCAUGUUGUUCAACGCGUUUGCAAGCGAGCUGGAAGUCCUCACCCUCUAUGUCCAGCGCCCCGUGGUGGAGAAACACAACCAGUAUGCUCUCUAUCACCAGUCCGCUGAAGCCAUUGCGAGCUACGUUAUGGAGCUUCCAUACAAGACGACCAACACCAUUGUCUUCAAUCUCAUUCUUUACUUUCUGGCCCAGCUUCGGCAGGAUGCCGGGGCGUUCUUCUUCUUUGUUCUUACUGCCUAUCUCAUCCUGUUGACCAUGUCAGGAGUAUACCGUACAGUGGCAUGUAUUACCAGGACCUCACACCAGGCAAUGGUACCGUCUGCUAUCCUUACUCUCGGCCUGAUGCUUUACAGUGGGUUCACUAUUCCUGUUGGUUCUAUGAGGGGCUGGGCACGAUGGAUUAACUAUAUUAAUCCCCUCGCGUACGGUUUUGAAGCGCUGAUGGUGAACGAAAUGCACGGCCGGCAGUUUCCCUGUGCCAGUGUCGUUCCAUCUGGACCUGGGUAUAACCAUUUGACUAGUUCUCAGAGCACUUGCGCCGUCGUCGGUGCUGUUCCGGGUGCUACGACUGUCAAUGGAGACGCAUAUCUGGGGGAUACCUACCAGUACUACCAUACUCAUAAGUGGAGGAACAUCGGAAUUCUCUUCGGUUACACGAUUUUCUUCUUCUCUACCUACGUAUUAAGUGCAGAGUAUGCUCGUCCUGCACCCAGUCGGGGUGAGAUACUGGUCUUCCGUCGCGGAGCUUCAUCUCCAACCAAGCAGCACCAGAACGACGAGGAGCUUCAGUCUACUGGCCAUCAACUUGUUGAGAAGCCUUCCACGCCGUCCAUGCCGCAAAGCACACCCUCCUCCAAGCAGCCAGCACCUAGCGGUAAAGCGCGAAGAAUCCUGGAUCAUGUUGACGGGUGGGUACAGCCCGGAGUGACAACUGUUCUCAUGGGCGCCUCGGGAGCCGGAAAGACCACACUCCUCGACACACUGGCAGGUCGAAUCUCGGUCGGGGUACUAAGCGGCGAUACCCUGGUCAACGGUACACCGACUGGUCGCUCAUUUCCCCAUCAGAUCGGUUACGUCCAGCAGCAAGACCUUCACCUCAACACCAUGACGGUCCGUGAAGCCCUGGAAUUCAGCGCUGUACUUCGCCAAAGCGAUAGCAUCCCUCGAGAGGAAAAGCUGGCCUACAUCGACGAAGUUGUCUCAGUCUUGGAGAUGUCCGAGUAUAUCGAUGCUAUCAUUGGCGUGCCUGGCGAAGGCCUGAAUGUGGAACAACGUAAGCGUCUAACAAUUGGUAUCGAGCUAGCUGCCCGGCCCCAGCUUCUCAUCUUCUUCGACGAGCCAACGUCUGGACUCGACUCACAAACAUCUUGGGCUAUUUGCGAUUUGAUUGAAAAGCUUGCCAGGAGUGGGCAAGCUGUUUUGUGCACUAUUCACCAACCCUCGGCGAUGCUCUUUGCUCGGUUUGACAGGUUACUCUUACUGCAACCGGGCGGCAAAACGGUUUACUUUGGUGAGAUCGGUGACAACAGUCGGACCAUGAUCGAUUAUCUCGAGAGGAACGGUGCAUCGCCUUGUCCGCCGGAGGCGAAUCCCGCUGAAUGGAUGCUCAAGACAACUCUCCCGUCUGCUGAUGGCCCACAAUGGUUUGACGUCUGGCAGGCCUCACCAGAGUAUUCAGACAUGAAGCAGGAGCUUAAUAGAUUGCGUUCAAUGGAACCUGCGGCUAAUUCCGAUGCGCUCUCCUCCGCCAACACUUCUCACGAAGGCGAAUUUAUCGUCUCAUUUACGACGCAGCUUCGCGAGGCAUUCCUACGUAUGGCCAAGCACUUUUGGCGAUCUCCCGUCUAUAUCUGGUCAAAACUCUCAGUCACCAUUCUUUUUUCUCUCUUCAUUGGCUUUAGCUUCCACGCCGACAAUAAUCUUCAAGGCCUUCAGAAUCAGCUAUACUCGGUCUUCAUGUGUGUCCUCAUCUUCAACCCAUUCAACAAACAAAUCAUGCCCAUGUUUGUACCGCUUCGUGCUCUUUACGAGGUUAGAGAGAGGCCCUCGAGGAUUUAUCGCUGGACAACAUUCAUCCUCUCUCAUGUACUAAUAGAGCUCAUCUGGAACACCCUCGCUGCCGCCAUCUUCUUCUUCUGCUGGUAUUACCCCGCUGGCUUCGUUCGUAACACGACUUCAGAAGACAUCCACAUUCGUGGUUUCACCGUAUUUCUCUUCCUCUGGCAACUCAUCCUCUGGAUAUCGACUUUCUCUCAACUGGCUAUUUGCGCUAUCGAAACGGCCGACCUCGCGGGUGUCCCGGCCUCGCUGAUCUCUGUUCUCUGUAUGGCCUUUUGCGGAGUCGGAGUGGCUCAGACCGAUCUCCCCUCCAUCUGGCGCGACUUCAUGUAUCACGUGUCUCCUAUGACAUACCUCGUCAGCGGUGCCCUAACAACGAGCUUGCAUGGGUCAAAUGUGACGUGUACCUCUACAGAGAUCGUGCGCGUCCCUGGUCAAGGGGGUCUUAAUUGUAGCUCCUUCUUGGCCACCUUUGUGGAACAGGCGGGAGGUUACCUGAUUAAUCCUGAAUCCAGAGGCAAGUGUCAGUAUUGCCCAAUGGCAACAACGGAUCAGUACUUGUUGCAGUUCAGUAUGAAAUAUGAUGAGAGAUGGAGGAACUUUGGUAUUGGUUGGGCCUACAUCAUCUUCAACAUUGCUGCAACCUGUGGCUUGUAUUGGCUGGCCCGAGUUCCUAGGCGUUAG